GAGUUUAAAGGCCCGCCAAACUGCUCUCGGCGCCCAAGAUUUGGGAGCGCUUCGCCAUGGGUGGUUGGCUUCUUCUCCUCGUCGCCGGCAGCCUCUGGGCGAGCUGCGGGGAAGGUAGCCGCCCGACGUGCGAUUAUCCGCCGCAACUUUGGUGCAGUUCCAAAGAGAUCGCCCAAGCCUGCCAGGUGGAGAAGCAUUGCACCAGGUUGAUCUCCAACUUCCCGAAAGCCGACCGCGUCUCUGUGAGCCUCUACUAUGAAUCCCUCUGUUCUGGUUGCCGCGAAUUUCUGGUACUGAUGCUCUUUCCCACUUGGCUGAUGCUACAUGACAUCAUGAACGUCACUUUAGUUCCCUACGGGAAUGCAGAGGAGUCUAAAGAGGCUACAAAAUGGCAUUUUGAGUGCCAGCAUGGCAAAGAGGAAUGCUUGGGGAACAUGAUAGAGGCUUGUAUUAGCCACCUGUAUCCAGAGAUUGAUUUGGGGCUCAUCUUCUGCAUGGAGUCAAGUAACGAUGUCAUCGGCAGCUUGCCACUGUGCCUGAAACUGUAUGCUCCCAACGCCUCUCUAUCAGAUAUCAAGGCGUGUGUGAACGGAGACCUAGGUAACAAGCUUAUGCAUAGGAAUGCUGAACUCACCAGGGCUCUGAAACCGCGUCAUGAGUAUGUGCCAUGGAUUCUCAUCAAUGGGACCCACACUGAAAAACUUCAAACCCAAGCACAAGAAUCUCUCUUCAAUUUGGUGUGCAGCUUGUACAAGGGAGAUUUGCCAGCUGCCUGCAAAAGGCCAGAAGAACGUUCUUUUCUUUCUUUUUCCCCAAAUCACGCUUUCCUGAGGAAUGCCGCACCCAACUUGUCCGACCUUCUGGGGAGAGAGAAGACAGUUCAUCAGUCUGCCCGAACAAAAGCAAAAGAAACCUUUUAGGAUUUUAAUCCUACAUGUCACAUUAUCUGUUGAAUUUUCCUGCUACAAGGUGGAGCUUAGGUCUGGAAUGUGGGGAAGUCAAGGAACAACUGCCUCUUUCAAAGAGGCAGAAGCAAAAUCAGGGCCAGAUGUUUUGGGAAGAAGAGUGGUGUCUUGAUUUUCUUGGUGCUACAAGAAUAAACAUUUGGAAAAGUAA